UGCUUCUUGGUUUGUCUUUAUUUCUUCUAUCCUACCUGCGAACCAUCUUCGUCGGUCUCUGUAGUCGGGGCAGUAUAUUCUCUGUCCCUGUGUAUGCCCGCAAACAAGGAUGAAAGACACAGCUUGCAUUAUGGUGCUACUUUGUGUUCCCUUCUACACCUACUGUGGCGGCUCUGAAUGUCCUCUGGAGCUGAACCCACCCUCAAUUGUGGUGAAAUACGGAGAUCCUGUGUCCGUGAACUGCACAGUGACUGCGGAAGCUUAUGGGAUUGGCUGGGAGGCGUCAGAGGGAGGCACCGGAAUAGUCGAGGGUGUAAAAUCUGUCAUUUGGAAGGUUGAGAAUCUGACGGAUUAUGAGACAAGGCCCCUAUGCUUCGGGAAUUUUAAUUCCAGGCAAUGUAACAAACCCCUUGACGUUGUUCUUUACCACUAUCCAGACCAGGUGUCCAUAUGGGCUCAGGACCAUCAAAGUCCAAUGAUAGAGUGGACAGAGUACAGGCUGGUCUGCAAUGUCAGCAACGUAGCUCCCAUCAACUUGCUCACCCUCAAGUGGUACAAAGGCCAUGUGGAGGUUCAAAAUGUCACCUUCAAUGACACCAGGAAGACCCUUGCUUCUGAAUUGUCAAUCCUGCCCAUCACCCCCACGCGAGCUGAUGACGGAGCAGAGUACAGGUGCGACGCAGUGCUGGAUCUGGGACCAGAGGGACCUCAGCCGCCCGUCGCUGUCCACUCAAAACCGUUCAACAUCACAGUACAUUACAGUCCAAACAUCAUUCAGAAUCAAAGCCAUGGAACGGAGGAGGGCGGCGACGCCCUCUUCAACUGUACCGCUACUGGGAACCCGGUGCCCACAAUUGAGUGGAAAUACAAGCCGGCUGACAAUGUGCGGAUCAACACCAGCGGGGCUGUGUCCCUGCUCACCAUCUCGGCAGUCACUGCGGACCAGGACGGCACGUUCACCUGCGUCGCCACAAACUCGCAAGGGGGGAUGAGCGUGGACUUCCUCUUGGCCGUGAAAGCAAAAUCUACAGGAGCUGGGAUGGUUGUGGGGGUCAUCAUUGCAGUCGUUUUGUUAGCACUAUUCAUCGGCUUAGGCGUUGUCGUCUAUCGUAGGAGAAGAUGAAAAGCAAGAAAGCGCGAGAGGAACAUACGGAACAAAAACUGCAUGGAGUUCUGACAAAGCCGCUAUCCAGGCAACUGCACUGCUCAUCCCACAAGCCUCCUUUUCUUACCCAUUUUGUAUCCUGUGAGCACAACCUAUGUCCUGAACCGCCAAAUAAAAAGCAUUUUGCCUUGCCUUGAUGUUUCCAGUCACUUCAUCUUCUCCUUAUUGAGAAAGUUAGGAACAGCUUCACAGGCUGGCUGUAAGUGCAAAGCUUCUCAGGAUUUUUGUGACUGGCACAUAUUUUGGAACUCCCACUACUAACUACCAACUAAUCACAGACCAGAUUCUUCCACCUUCCACAGACCUUGAGCAAACAGCAAAAUGGAAGUAAGCAGCUGGACAGGAGGAAACUAAGUUUUACUUUCCCACCUAAUGAGGUGACUGUCCUUGGUAGUGACAUGCACACGGUUGCACAGUUCCCCUUAGAGGGUAUAAAUGAUCGCUGUAAAUAAUGCUUUUUUUAGUAUGAUGUUGACUGCUGGCAGACACACUCUUUCAGCAGAAAUAAAGACCCUUAUAGUUGUGUGAAGUGUUUUCCUUAUUGGAUUGCUUCAUUUUUACAAGACAAGCAUGGAUUUUUCUUCUCAACCCAACAACAGCAAUAUGUACAGUAAUAUUUCAGCCUCCCACAGAACACUCUUCUUCCUGCUGUGUCUCUGCUUUGUGCCCCUGUUCUACUUCCUCCACCAGUCAGUCCUGUCAUACAGUAAGUAAAGUACAGCCGGGGAGACCAUGAGGCACAGGCAGUGAACUCUCAACCCGUGGGCAGUGGUUUGAUUCCCCGCCAUGGCACUGUCUGCACUGUGAUCACAUGUCUAUCUGUAACCCUCUCUGCUGUCCCCUGACUGAAUAAAAAGAAUAAAAGCACAAA